CUUCGACAGGCGGGCUGAACCGGGUGAGGGUAACCUCAUACCCCGGUGAGGUAGGGACACGCCCGUCCUGGCAUGCGAAGUUGGCUCCGGCGGACUGGGUGGAUGAGAUCCAAUGACCACCAAGGCGGUGUCACAACGCUCUGUUGAGAACACAGCGACAGUCAUCCACCGGAACCAAGGAAAACCCCAGUUUGUGGCGCCUGUUCGUACCACUGGACCCGGGCAGAGAGAGUUGAACUCCCCCCACUGGUCGGGCACAAUGGACAGCCACCAAACCUCAACGUGUUUCACAUCAGGUGUGGAGUGAAGGAAACCUGCCACCCUUACCCAUUAACUCUCGCUUCCAUAUUAGUUACCCUCUGGAACUCUACAGUACUACUGAAAGGUGAUAAUAAUAUUCACCUGUCAUACUGAUGACGUGGUGCGAGCUAGCUCCGCCUUACGGGGGUGGAGGGAUUUCGGUCAGAAACCUGAUGCGUUUGGAGCCCAUUCUCUGCUCUCUUUACAAACACUGUUUGGAUAACAUCAGUUAAACUUUGAAUUUGACCUUCCUUCCUCCUGCCAGACAGGCUGAAUCCAUCAGUGAAACUGACCUUACGGCUAAAGAGCAGCAGUUGAGAUUGGUUUGCUAAUCCUGGAAUCUGGGAGAAACCCAUGCGUUCCCCCGAGAGUUUGUGGCACUAAUGAUAACACUCUCUCUCUGAUGAGGUGUUAACCUGAAGGUUCAUCUACUCUCUCAGGCACAGGUUUUUUUUUACUAAAGAAGGCAGCAUCUCAUUGGAUAUCUGUAUGCGCAAGCCCGAGGCAAACAAUGGAAGCCCAGCCUGGAUUGGCCUGGUUCCUGCUUCUGAGCCUGAUUGCUGAGUGUUUGAAGUUGGUCCACUCUCGGGAAUUCACCGUGAAAGAUAUUAUCUACCUCCAUCCUUCAACGACACCCUAUCCUGGUGGGUUCAAAUGUUUUACAUGCGAAAAUGCAGCAGAUAAUUAUGAGUGCAACCGUUGGGCACCAGACAUCUACUGUCCACGAGAAACACAGUACUGUUACACAAGGCACAAGAUGAAUGCAAAUGGUGGCAGUAAAUUGGUUACAAAGCGAUGUGCAUCACUGAAGGAUUGUUUAUCUGUGGGGUGUACACAACCUGAUACUGAAGGAUACAAGGUCUGCACCUCCUGUUGUGAAGGGACAAUCUGUAACCUCCCAUUGCCCAGAAACACCUCCCAAGCAGUAUUCGCAACGUUAUCUCCUAUAAAUCAAACGAGUCGACAGUCAAUUCACUCUGCAGUGACACUAAUGUGCAUAAGUGUGCUCUUGUUGCUGUUUGAAUAGCUGGUGCUAUUCGAUGCUUCCCUGUACAGCGUUAUCUAACAUAGUAUUUAUUUUUGUACAAUACAUUUAUACAGUAAAGUAUCUUAUAUGCUGUAAAAAUGGUUAAGAAAUGGCAAAGUGUGGAAAAAGUGCAUGCAGUUUAAGAAAUGUAUCUUGGAGUGCAUGAUGACAACAAAUGUAAAGUCAAUACCCGAUAUUUAUAAGCUGUUUAAUCUAUUACUGUGUGUUAUGCAAGCAUGAACAUGGCAAAGCAGAUAGCAGCACGAGCAAAGACCUGGUGUACUCACCCAAGGUGAUUAACUCCAAUGAGAUUUAAAUUCAUUUUAUUAAAAUAAA